GCAGGACCUUUACCCAGGUCUCCUUCCUCGUCUCCAAGCCAAGGCUCGAGCAGUACCAAGAUGGUGGCUACCAGUGUCCUCAUCGUCUCUCUGUUUACUCUCGCCCUUGGCAACCCGCUGAACCGUCGUAGCAUGCAAUUGCAUGAGACGCGGCCAAGCGCACCAGAGGGUUUCGUCAAGGCAGGGUCUGCCUCUCCUGAUACUACACUUCGCUUGCGUAUCGCUCUCGCUCAGAGCGACCCUGCUGGUCUCACCGACGCGCUGAUGGAUGUUAGUACGCCUGACAGCGCGAACUACGGGGCACAUCUCACCAAGGAGGAGGUUGACAAGUUCGUUGCUCCAAAGCCUGAGACGGUCGAUGCAGUGAACGCAUGGCUUGCUGAGAAUGGUCUGACUGCGACCAAACUUACGUCCGCUGGUGACUGGCUCAGCUUCGAGGUUCCCGUGAGCAAGGCCAGCGAACUUCUUGAUGCCGACUUCUCGGUCUUCAAGCACGAAGAGACUGGGAGCGAGACCGUUCGAACUCUCGCCUACUCGAUUCCCGCAGACCUCAAGGAUCACGUCGAGCUAAUCCAUCCGACCAUCUCUUUCCCGAACCCCUUCUCUCAAGUUCCCGUGUUCUCUUCACCCAUCAAGGUCGACACUUCGAAGACCAAUCUCUCCUCGGACGCAGUUCCCGCUUCGUGUGCAUCUGUCAUUACUCCCGCGUGUCUGCAAGCACUCUAUAGCAUUCCCACCACUCGGGCAACCCAGAGUUCUAAUGUCCUUGCUGUCAGUGGUUUCAUUGAGCAGUUUGCUAAUCAAGCCGAUUUGACGCAAUUUCUCACCGCGCUCCGGCCUGAUCUCAGCCCCUCGACAACUUUCACCCUGCAAACCCUCGAUGGCGGCACGAACUCACAGACUCGCAGUCAAGCCGGUAUCGAAGCUGACCUCGACAUCCAGUACACCAUCGGCGUUGCCACUGGCGUGCCGACUGUUUUCAUCUCUGUCGGUGAACGAUUCCAGGAUGGUGGACUUGAGGGUUUCCUUGACAUCAUCAACUUCCUCAACGGCGAGUCGAACCCACCACAUGUGUUGACCACCAGUUAUGGUCAGAAUGAGAACACCAUUUCGUCUACUCUUGCGAACCGCCUUUGCACAGCGUACCAGCAAUUGGGUGCUCGUGGCACUUCUAUCCUUUUUGCUUCGGGCGAUGGCGGUGUUGCAGGCUCGCAAACUACUCGAUGCACAACUUUCCUGCCGACUUUCCCUUCAGGGUGCCCAUUCAUGACCUCUGUUGGAGCUACCACUAGCGUGCCCGAGACUUCUGCAUCAUUCUCAUCCGGCGGUUUCUCCAACGUCUUCGCUCAGCCCAGCUAUCAGUCCUCCGCCGUCUCAGCUUACCUGACCCGUCUUGGCAAUACCAACGCAGGCAAAUUCACCCCCACUGGUCGUGCCUUCCCCGAUGUGGCUGCCGUGGGAGACAACGUUGAGAUCGUCUUCCAAGGUCAAGCAGGACUAGUUGCCGGGACCAGUUGCUCCAGCCCCAUCUUCGCCAGUAUCAUAUCCUUGAUCAACGACAGACUCAUCGCCGCUGGAAAGUCGCCUCUCGGCUUCCUAAACCCAUUCUUGUAUGCCAAUCCGGGUGCCUUCAACGACAUUACGACCGGAAGCAACCCCGGAUGCAACACCAAUGGUUUUCCUGCAACGACGGGCUGGGACCCCGUGACUGGUCUUGGUACUCCCAACUUCCCGAGCUUGUUGGCUGCGGCGGGAUUGUAAUUCCGUUGUUGGAUGAUCGUACUUGAAUGACAUAUAUCAAUUCAUACGCAAAUGUAUUUGAUACUCAAUACUAUGGGCUAAACGUGUCUUCCGAGUCUUCUGUCAAAACUGUCAAACAACCGCGUCCUGGACCUAUUUGCACUCUGUGCGUUCCACUCCAACGAAGUGAUUACCAAACGAGCGGGUGCCAGAAACCGAAAUUUGUCUCCACAUACUGCUCAUUCAUUAUCUGCUUUCUUCCUCAAGCAAGUAUAACAUGGCUAUCGACCUCUCGAGUUCCGACAGGACGACGAGAUUCAGACUUCCCUCAGCAACUGACUUGUCUAUAGCUACUUUCAGCACAACGACCAGGCCGACGAGUUGGUUUCUAAAACCACCUUCAGCAAUCAUCGAUAUGCGCUUAUUGCUACUGUCUGGACCGUACGUGUCAAAGCCCUUCAACUCAACUACGCCACUGCGCAUACUAAUAUCAAGCAAGCAAUUCAUCGGGUAUCACCGGUGACACCUGCAUCUAGGUUCUACCAGGCUAUUCGCAAACUCCCCCUUAUUGUGAUGCUUUUAAUGGGCAAUAUUUCAGAAUGAAGUCUCUUCUGACAUCAUAUACUCAGGAUGGUCCUGAUUGGGUAUUUUGAGAUUGUGGUUUGCAGUCAUGAUUUCAGAAUACAUCGUCAAUGCAUAUAGCACAGUUCAAGACCAACACUGCAUACUGUCAGAAUAUCAUCAAGGUGACCGGAAUCAGAUGUCUCUCUCUUUCUUACUCUUGCAUUCUGCUACAUGAUAUCUGUGUCAAGCUUUGUCUUGAGUCCAAGAAUGCUGAGUGCAUCAUUGGCAAGACCAUCUGUUGUUAUGUUAUUGAGGGUCACAUCAUUCAUGAAAAAGGUUGAACAGAGGAAAGAACUUGCAAAGGAAGUUACAGAAGUGGUGAUGAUUUUCACAGCAAUAAGUCUGAGCUUAGAGG